AUGGUCCUCGUAAUCGAAAGCCUCUUGUCCAGCUACUUUGAGGAUCUUUUACCAAAGGCCACCGAAGCGUCACCAUACCCAAGCGAGAGGCCUCAGCCAACCUUAGCCGUCAAUGUGGCUGUCACCGACAAGAUCGAGCGCUCAAAGGGUGAUCCGCGUCCGCACUCUCCGCCACCCCAACCGCCACCAAGCCCCACGAACUCCGCCAAACAAGCAGAAGCCAAGAAGUAUUCUGAUCUUGAUGUGAUCGCACUGCCUGGCUGGUACUAG